CGCCUCAUACCGGUAACAUUUGACUGCUCCGAUACGCAGUGAAGAUAGAGAAGCUUGUCCUUUUUCGUCCACGCCCCAUCAGCAUCUCUCAUCUUCUCUCUCUUAACCAUGGUUUUGACCAGCGAGAUUCAGAAACUGUUCCUUUCUUCACCCAAAUUCGCGGUUGUAGGCGCAUCGAAGGACACAUCCAAGUAUGGUACCAAGGUUUUGAAAUGGUAUCAGGCUAGAGACAAGCUAGUCACACCCGUGCACCCCAAAGAAUCUGAGUUGGAGGGGAUCACAGCCGUGCGGACUCUAGGAGAUCUUGCGACUCCUUCCGAAACCUCUGUCAGCAUCAUAACGAACCCCAAGGUCACUCUUGGCCUCCUUGAGCAGGCCAAAGCUUUGUCAGUACCGGCGCUCUGGCUUCAACCUGGUGCGGAAGACGAAGCUGUCAUCUCAUACAUAAAGGACAACGGCCUUUCUGACAAGGUCAUCUACGGCGGACCUUGCAUUCUCGUCGAGGGCGACAAUGUCAUCAAAAGUCUGCUUUGAGAGAAUGAGUAUAAUAGUCGUGCAUCAGAUAU